UCUUACGUCACUCAACGUCGUUUCUAAGACGAAUUAAAUCAAGGAGACGAGGGAGCUAUUACUUUGUUUGUUUAGGAUUUAAAGAAAAAAUAAUAAAAUAAUUUCAAACAAAACGGAGGACGAUUGAAAACAAAAGAGGACAAAUAACAUCAGCCGGAAGCACCGAACGGUGGUCGGGGAAGGUUCCCAAACCUGGCCUUUUGGCAUGCGAUACUGGAGCAGGCACGGGCUGGACGACUUCAUAGCGGGUCGGAAGCACACCUUCCUUGGGGCUCGCAUCCGACACACGGUGGCUGAUGUCAUACCCCCAUACGAAAGAUUCGUCAACCGCGGAGAUGGCUAUGACGCCAAGAUGCAUCGUGACGACCGGAAGAGCGUCAACAACAUCGCUUAUUCCUUUAAUGAUGAGGAGCGGCAGCGCACAGUUCCACUGCUGUCGUCAUCUACAUACGGGCACCGCCUAAGCCAUCCCCCCGAGCUCUUUGCCCGUGGCCACGUGCGCGUUGAGAGAGCCCACAAGGGGUUCUUACACACGAGGGGCACAGGGUUACCUCAUAAAGAGGACAUCUCGUUGAAAUGCAAACUUUAGAAGUGUAUUAUUUCCUUAUUUUAAUUUUUAUUUGCAUAAUCACAGUUGAUUUAAAAUAAUUUUACUAUUGAAAUAUGCAUGUCAACGAAGAUUUGUGAAAAUUUCCAAAUGGUAAUUAUUUACUUUCUUCCCCUAUAAACAAGAUUUCUUUUUGCAUUUACUGUUUCAUCUUAAUGCCUCGUUUCAAUAGUUUAGCUUGUUUAAUUUAGUAUUCGUUUCUUCAAAAUGCUACAAUUCAAAUAGUCUUCGUAGUUGUGGUGUAUAGUAGUUAUCAUGGCUAUAUUGGUUGUAUGUAGCCGUUAUUAACAUACACUAAUACCUUGAA